CCCCCGGCAGCUCUGUGGGACACGUGACCAGGCGUCAAAGAACCACAGGCUGAAACUACUGUGGCCAACUUUGGACAGAAAAGCAGUGGAGGCGCUCAGUGAAGGAUCAUGUCCUCUGCUCCCAAAGAUGUGUUGGGCAACAAACCACCGGAUGGGGGUUGGGGUUGGAUGGUGGUGUUUGGGGCCCAUAUUUCCAUUGGAUUUGCUUACUCAACACCCAAAGCCCUUUCCAUUUUCUUCAAGGAGAUCCAAAUGGACUUAGGGGCCAGCUACAGUGAAAUAGCCUGGAUUUCCUCCAUCAUGUUAGCAGUCAUGUAUGCAGGAGGACCGGUGAGCAGCGUGUUGGUCACUCGCUUUGGAAGCCGACCAAUAGUCAUGACGGGCGGAUUGAUGUGCGGAGUUUCUAUGGCAACUGCUUCUUUUGGGACCUCCAUCAUUUAUCUCUACUUUUGUAUUGGUAUCAUUGGAGGUUUUGGACUCUCCUUAAACCUUAAUGCAUCUCUCACCAUCAUAAGUAAAUAUUUUCUAGUCAGGCGUCCUCUAGCCAAUGGACUGGCCAUGGCUGGGAGUCCAGUGUUUCUCUGUUUCCUGGCCCCUGUUAACCAAUAUCUACUGGCUACAUUUGGUUGGAGAGGAAGUGUACUUAUCCUUGGGGGUAUGAUGCUCAACUGUUGUGUUGCUGGGGCCCUGAUGAGGCCUGUUACUCCACCUGAUAAGUGGACCUCUUUUGCACUGCAGACGAAAGUGGAACAACCAAAUGAGCAUAACACGAAGAUAAAACGAAGCUUUGGGAAAAACGCGAAGAAGUUCUUGGAUUUGUCUUUUUUUAAAGACAGAGGAUUUGUCAUUUACCUCAUAGGAAAUGUGAUGUUCAUCUUUGGUGCCUAUGCACCCAUCGUGUUCCUCUCAGCGUAUGCCAUUAACCAAGGCGUGGAGAAGUAUUCUGCGGCCUAUCUCCUCUCUAUUAUGGGCUUUGUUGACAUGUUUAUUCGGCCUGCAACCGGCUUAAUUGCCAACAGCAAGUGGAUUAGGCCCAGAAUCCAGUAUUUCUUCAGCUUUGCCAUGGUUUUCAAUGCUACGUGCCACUUACUGUGUCCUCUGAUCAAGAGCUACACCUUCCUGGUGGUCUAUGCUGCAUUUUUUGGCAUAGGUUUUGGCAUGGUUUUCGCCCUAAUAUUCGAAUGCCUCAUGGACCUGAUGGGAAGUCAGCGCUUCCCCAGUGCUGUUGGACUGGUCACCAUUGUAGAGUGCUUCCCCAUGCUGCUGGGACCACCUGCUGCAGGUAACACACCCUGA